UUUUUUCUGCACUGUCGUUUAAGUCUUGUUUUGUAUUCAUGAUUUUUCUUGGAUUCCCAGUGUGUCUUGGCGGUGCAUCUGGCGACGUCGGUGGUGUUGUGGUGGUCUUCUGGUGGUGUUGAGUUCUAUGGCUUCUCAGUAUAGGUUUGUGAGGACUGGAUCUUGUCUGGAGUCCUUAAACUUUGCUUCAGUUGUCAUUUGUAGAUUCAUGGGUUCUCAGUAUAAGCGGCACAGUAGUGGUGGCUUUCCGAUGAGAAAGCAAGACGUAGGAGUGGGAUUUUUCUUGUCAAAGAUUUAUCUGAGGUCACAUCUCUCCUUGCACCCUGCACUAAGGACGGCGGGCAGAGGUUCUGAGGCGGUGCUCCCAGGUCGUGGCGAAGGUGAGCUGGUUUUGGGGUUGGGCCUAGGCCUCUCCAAACGUUGGUUUCGUACUGGAGAAACCGGACUGUUCCUGUUGUUGAUGUAUUAGUUCGCAGAGUACUACAGGAGGUAGUACGUAAUGUAUUGCAUAAAACUGGAGCUAUAUUGGAGUUUGUUUAGGGAUUGCUUGAA